GACUCGCCAAGACGGACUAGACAUUACCUAAGUCCUUACUUCUUUUUGUCUACUUUUCUGUUUGACUAAUGUGUAUCAUCUUUUUUAUAUUUUACCUACUGUAAAACGAAAUAAACUCUUUUCCUCUAAGUGCACUUCUUAAAUCAGAGCUGCAGAAUCCUCAGAAUGCCUAAUGGCAAGUGGGAUACUCUACUGGCUGGUCCAAUCUCAUCCAUAUCACCCACCCAAAGUCAAAAUGGACCGCAGGCACCCGGGCCCACGAUUUCUUCACCCACUGCAGUUCUUCCACAGACUACAGGCACAAAUAGUUCUUUCCCAAGCAUUAGAAACAAGUUUCUGAAUGAGCUCCAUAAACUCCAAUUACCUUCCUGGGCUCCGGUGACACUCAGCUUUCUCGUGGUCUUUCUCAUUAUAAGCUGCAGUCUCUGUGUCUGCAGAAAGUUCAUAUUUAAGAAGAAAAAAGAAAAGGGUGGAAAAGAGAAAAGUGAAAAAAACACAAUCAACAUGGAGAAUGUAAAAGAUGAGGGGUUAAAACAGGCUGUUCAUCCUGGCCCUGAAUCUGAUCUCCAGAAAGAAGACACAGAGUCUAAACCGGCUGCAAAACUUGGAAAACUGCUGUAUACCCUUGACUACAACUUUACUGAAAGUGCGUUGAUUGUAGGUGUGAUUCAGGCCGAAAGUCUUGCUGCUAUGGAUAUGAGUGGCACUUCAGAUCCAUAUGUGAAGGUUUACCUCCUUCCAGACAAGAAGAAGAAGUUUGAAACUAAAGUUCACCGUAAAACGCUUGAUCCGAUUUUCAACGAACAUUUUACAUUUAAGGUUCCUUAUCCAGAGCUCGGUGGAAAGACGUUGGUCAUGACCGUCUACGACUUUGACCGUUUCUCCAAACAUGAUGCUAUUGGUGAUGUGAGGUUGCAGAUGAAUAAGGUGGACUUCAGUUAUCUGACAGAGGAGUGGAGAGAUCUGCAGAAAGCUGAGAAAGAGGAGCAUGAACGGUUGGGUGAUAUCUGCUUGUCGCUGCGUUACGUCCCCACCGCUGGAAAACUCACUGUUGUUGUUUUGGAGGCCAAAAAUCUCAAGAAAAUGGAUGUGGGAGGUCUAUCAGACCCCUAUGUAAAAAUUCACCUGACACAGAACGGUAAGAGAUUGAAGAAGAAGAAAACUACCAUUAAGAAAAACACACUGAAUCCAUAUUACAACGAAUCCUUUAGCUUUGAAGUUUCGUCUGAGCAGAUUCAGAAAGUGCAGGUUGUGGUGACGGUGUUGGACUAUGACAAAAUAGGAAAAAACGAUGCCAUUGGAAAAAUUUACAUCGGACUGAACAGCACAGGAACUGAGCAACGCCACUGGGCGGAUAUGUUGGCCAAUCCAAGAAGACCCAUCGCCCAAUGGCACGCACUUAAACCUGAGGAAGAUGUAGAUGCUGAACUGUCCAAGAAAUGAGCCAUAAAUGAGCA